AUGUCGUCGAUAUCCUACCUCCUGGAUCUGCCCUCGGAACUCAUAAUACGCCUAUGUCUUUAUCUGGGAGCGGAAGACAUUGUCGCCCUUCGCCAGACCUGCAAAGAGCUUUACGCGUUCGAAAAAUCUUUUUACGAUACAAUCUGGAAUGCUUGUCUGGACAGAAUCUGCCACUCGAGUGAACUGUUCUCUCCUACAUUCAAAUGGGGUCCAAUGUCACCCAAAGGUCAAGAAUCCGUGGCCAGGAGGAUUGAGAUGAUGGGGCCCAUUCUCGAAAAGGAUUCGCAGAGCCGGUCCGACAAGCCCCUGCCAAGCGUUUCCCUGGAUCUCCUCGAAUCUUUCGUUGACAACUCCGACGAGGAUUUUGGCUUCGAGUCGAUCGAACUCCUCCCUGGAGGAAGGUUUAUUUUGCUCUUCAGCGCCGGUUUCCUUCACGUGUGGGAUCUUGCGCCCUACCUCCAGAAUCUCGCCACUCCCAUUGAGCGAAGACUAGAUUUACCCUGGAACUUUGCCCAAGAUGCUGUCGUUCUGCCUGCCUUGGGUGCUGACACGACGUCUGUACGGUUCAUGCUUUCGCUGGAACCCUUCGACUAUGACGAACUUUAUGCUGGCUGGGAUCCAGAGAAGCUGAAGAUUUUUCAGAUCAUGGAACUCAAUUUCACGGAUGGAGACCUUCAACUCCGGAAGAUUGGGGACCCGCUCCCACUUUUCUAUCCGUUCUCUGAAACGGAGACCGACAUCGAUGCUUAUGAAGAGGACCUCGACAUCACAGAGAAUUAUGUCUUAUUUCGAAUCAGGCGCACAAUUAUUGCUUGGAAUUUCCAAGAAAAUGCCUAUGUCGCCUGGGACCUCAUUGGAGGUGAUUCGGAGAUGUUCAGAUUUCAGAUCUCGCUAGCGGGGGACAAGUUAUUGGUCUUCGAGGAUGACAAACUCACAGUAUACGAAAUUCCACCAUUGAUGCCACUGCCAGAGGCAGGCUCCGUCAUCGAUGUUACCCAGCUAGGACCGACUCCAGACCCUAGUCAGAUAUCGGUGUCACUCCCAGGACACGCCCUGAUCUGCGACGGCGAGUGCGAGGCUUGGCGAGGCUUUGCAGGCUCCCUCAAACCUUCAUACUACUAUGUGCACCAUGUCGGCGUCUCAGAAGCAGCCACGAAGAGAGCUUGGUACCGUAUAUCCAUAGACCUUGCUUCGCAGACACCAGUUCAAGUAACCGACCUGGGGUGGGACGUGGCGCGGGAUUUGGAUGGUCUGGGACGGUUUUCGUCAUUCCACCGGCCGUACAAGGGGAAGCUCAUCGCUACAUCUAUCUGGGUACCACCGUCUCCGGACGAUGACGACUCAGAUGCGACUCCCCCCAUGCGAAACCCUCAGUCCGCUUCUGUGUACGUAUCAGUCUCGGAUCCAUCAAGGUCGUCGACUCAGCCAAUCCAACCGCGCGAAUCGAUACUCCUUCCCAUGGCGCACAUCAAGGACAUCGACGAAGACUGGGAUCACGAGAUCAACUGUGACUUUUGUCCUCUGUCAGGGAUACUUGUCGUUACCACUCGUCGAUAUCGCGGACCGGAAGUUCCUCCUGCGAAACGAAUCCAAGUAUUCGACUUUGUUCGAUCACUGCUACGGUAG